CUCUGCUCAGGGCCGAGGUGUUUCUCCAAGGCCAUGACAGACUGGGUGGGCAUCUGCUGGGCUUGGCGCUUGGUGAAGCUGCCAAAAAUCCCCUGGCAAACGCCAGCUUCUCCCCAAAGAAUGGCCAGGCUUUCAUUUCAGCAAGCAAUCUCACGCGGAGGGGUGGUCUUCGGAUCCUGCCAGCAUUUCGCGUGACAGGGCCAGUUUGGUGCAAAGGGGAUCUGCUGUCCGUGCCCUUCAUUGCUCGUGAGCUAAACGACGAGCUGUUGACAGGAAAGCCAUCAUCUGAAAGUAAUCCAUUCUGGCACGAGUACAAACCGUCGCCUGGUGGCAAGCAGUUGUCUGGAUUCGAGAUGCCAAGAUUUGUGCUGACAGCUCCUUCUACACAAUCUGAGUUCUUCUUGAAAUUUUUCCUCAAGUGUAACCAAAAUUGCCUAAAAAAUGCAGGAAACCCUCGAGACAUGCGUCGAUUUCAGGUUGUGGUGUCUACAACAGUCAAUGUUGAUGGCCAUGUGUUGGCAGUGUCGGACAAUAUGUUUGUACACAACAAUUCCAAGCACGGGCGGAGAGCUCGAAGACUCGAUCCCUCGGAAGGUACGCCUUCUUAUCUGGAACAUGCUACACCAUGUAUCAAAGCCAUCAGUCCAAGUGAAGGAUGGACUACAGGAGGUGCCACUGUCAUCAUCAUAGGAGACAAUUUCUUUGAUGGGUUACAGGUCAUAUUCGGCACCAUGCUGGUUUGGAGUGAG